CAUGGGUGUGGUUUAGUGAAAGAAGCUUUUACAUCGAGAGGAGUUUUUGCAGACAAUAAGAUCUUCACUUCAGCAGCACAUCAAACAUGGCCUGCAAUACCAAAAAAGCCGAACAUGAAUUGACCAGAUACAAUAAUGAGGAGAUCAGGAUUGUGAUGGUGGGGAAGACCGGAGUUGGGAAGAGCGCCACAGGAAACACCAUCCUGGGAACAAAGUACUUCAAAUCAGAGUCCUCCCCUAAAUCUUCGACUACAGUCUGUAAAAAGGCCUUUGGUGAAGUGGAUGGACAAAAGGUCUCUGUUAUUGACACUCCGGGUCUGUUUGACACAAGGAUUGAUGAAGAGAAAACCAAGAAAGAUAUCGUCCAGAGCAUUUCUUAUGCUUCUCCUGGACCCCACAUCUUCCUGGUCGUCAUCAGACUGGGCCGAUUCACAGAGGAAGAAAAGAAGACGGUGGAGAAGAUUCAGGAAAUCUUUGGAGAGGAAGCAGACAGAUACAGCAUGGUUCUCUUUACCCAUGGUGACCAGCUCAAAGGGAAACCUAUCGAGGAGUUCUUGAAGGACAGCGAAGAGCUGCAGGAACUUGUGGCCAAAUGUAACGGCCAGUACCACGUCCUCAAUAAUGACCUGAGGGAUCGUUCUCAGGUCAGCGAGCUGCUCGACAAGAUGAGAUAUAUAAUUGAGAAGAAUGGAGGAAGCCAUUACAGCACUGAAAUGUACCAGAGGGCAGAGAGGGCGAUAGAAGAGAAGAAAAAACUAAUCUUGAGGCAGAAAAAAGAGCAAAUGCGCAAAGCGUUGGAUAGACUUGAGAAGAAAAUAAGGGAAACAAACAAAACUGGAGCAUCUCCAGUCUCUCUCCUUGGGAGGCCCCACCUACAGAUCUCUUUUUCUGGGUGCCAAGCCCCCAAAAUCUCCCUUCUGGGUCCCUGUCCUUUUAGGUACCACGUAUGCCAGUAUAACAGACCCCUGAUGGUUGGAGGAUGUAUUGUAUUUUCCUUCAGAGGUCAAUAUAGGCAAAUGUGCAGGUCCAAGUUCAUGAAAUAUCAUAUCAUUACAAAUGCAAUAAACUAUACAAAUAUUACGUAAAUUUCACCGUACAUUUCCUACAUCAUGUCCUUCAAAACAACGUAAUAUGUGAUGUGUGAACAUGAUGGUUGACUUUUCAAAGCUACAAACCUUCGGAAAAGGUGAAAUCUACAGUGACUG